UCGUCGUGGUGGGUCCACGAUGGUGGCUAUUCAUUGUCGUACAACGGCGGUCGCCGCACGGGACCGGUGUACGUGACAUUUACCACGGACAAGCUGAACGCAACUCGACCGCCGUCAUCUUCCGUCGACCCGACGAUUCCGAAAGAGUGCCAUCAAUUCACGGUCAAUUCGUAUGCGAGCGUCCGAGCUGGUUACGACCGAGGCUACUUGGCGCGCAAGUCCUAUGACAUGAUCAACAUCGCGCCCCAAGUGACGAGCUUCAGCCAAUGUAUUUGGGUAAACAUGGAAGACAUCGAGGCGUGCUACCGCAAUCUGAACCGCAUUUGGUCGUGGGGCGGCAUCGUGUACACGGACGUGGCGAACGACUACUUCUUCGAGAGCCACGGCAUCAGCACACCCGACUAG